AGAUAUGAGUAGAUUCAUGUCAAAUCUAGGUACAAGUAGUUGAAAUGUUGUGAUGUGAUUUUGAACAACAUGUUAGCAAUAAAAGGUUUUUCUUUGCUCUACCCAAGUGCAACAAUUAGAUGUUGAUUCCAUGAAGUACAUCUUUCUCAUGGAAUUUGCAGUUGAAAUUUAUAUAAUUCCACACAGAGCAAAGAGAAGUUAAUACAUAUUUAUUUACUACGAAAAUGACCUCCCACAACCAUCAUCCUCUUAUAUAUAUUGCUUCAUAAUAUAUUAUAUUAUAUUUAUAUUUUUAAUAUUCAUGAUGUUCAAAUAAAUUAUAUCAUGUUUUUUUCAACAACAUAAAAAAUUCAACCUACGUAAAAAACAGGAUAUUAGGUAGUGCGGUAAAAUAAAAAUAAAAUAUAAUUAACGAAAAACAAAGUAAUAUACAAAAUAAAGUAUACAUUAAGGACCAAUAUAGCCCACCUUCUAUAGAUGAACGAUGAAAACUAACAUUCUAAAUCAUUUGGCUUUCUUGUAAAUCUAACAUAUCAUAAAAUAAAAAAUAAAAAAGCCUGAUUCCGAAUUUUUAAAUUUAUGAAUUUUGCUACGUAGGUUCGCUCUUGAUCAUAAAUAUACCGUAAAUCAAUUUUUAAUUUGUAAUUUCUGCAUACACAAUAUUUUACAACAUUAAUGGAUUUUUUUUUCUAAAGUUAUAACCAAAAUUCCAACAAAUAUUUUCUAAAAUAAUUAUUACUGUUGAAACGAUUAAUUUAAAACCAAAUUGAGAGAGUCCUCGGAAUGUUUUGUUCAAAAUUAUGGUGCGCACGUCUUGCCCAAAAAAAAAAAAAAGAACAUGAGACGUAGAAACAAACAUGGAAGAGAAAGGAAAACAAAACAAAUCUAAACAAACAAUCAUUGCAGAUCUGAUUUAUCUGUCAAUAUUUUCCUUUUCUCUUCCAUAUAUAUAUAUAUAUAUCAAUUAAUUGUUGUCGAUCGACUAUAUAUACGAAUCAAAAAAAAAUUAAUUAUUUCAAGAUAGCGAUACGUUCUAAAAAAAGUAAACGGAGAAGUUUUCAUAUGAUCUUUUUUGUUGGAAGGGCGUGUUAUUGAAGGGCAAAAUUAUAAGUUUGAUUUUGGGGCUAUUCUAAGAUUAGCUUAUUGGAGUUAUAAACCAUGGGGAAGCCAACAGGUAAGAAGAAAAGUAAUGUAAAAUCAAAGUCAAAUGAUGGAAAUGUGAAGCAUAAAUCAAAAGCAUUUGAUGAGGACACAGCUGUAUUUAUCAAGAUGUCUAAAGAAUUGAAGGAAGAAGGGAACAGGUUCUUUCAGAAACGCGAUCACGAGGGAGCCAUGUUGAAAUAUGAGAAGGCACUCAAAUUGCUUCCUAGGAACCAUAUUGAUGUUGCUUAUUUGCAUAGCAACUUGGCUAGUUGCUACAUGCAAAUGGGGCGUAGCGAGUUUCCAAAAGCUAUAAAUGAAUGUAACUUGGCACUUGAAGUUGCUCCCAAGUAUAGCAAAGCUUUGUUGAAGAGAGCAAAGUGUUAUGAGUCAUUGAAUAGGCUUGAUUUAGCUUUAAGAGAUGUGAACCAUGUCUUGAGUAUUGAACCCAACAAUUUGACUGCUUUAGAGAUUGCAGACAAGGUUAAAAAGGAAAUAGAAGAAAUACUUAAAGUUGAAAAUAAGAAGUUAGUCUUACCCCUUCCAGUAUCUGCCAAUGUUGUGAAGGAUAACAUGAAAAAGGAGAAGAAGAACAAUAAAUUUGAUAGAAAGAGGAUAGUUGAAAUCAAGGAAACUAAGAUUGAUGGAGUCGAAGAAAAGAAGGCCGAGGACAAGGUGGUAGUGGAGGAGAAGAGAACUGUCCAGGGAGAAAAAACGAUGAUAAGAACAGUGAAGUUGGUUCUUGGAGAGGAUAUAAGAUGGGCACAGUUACCAGUUGGUUGCAGUUUUCGACUUGUGAGAGAUAUAGUUCUAGAUCGAUUUCCAAAUUUGAAGGGUGCACUUAUCAAGUACAAGGAUCAAGAAGGUGAUUUGGUAACUAUUACAACUACUGAUGAGCUCAGGUUGGCUGAAUCAUCUGUUGGUCUUCAAGGUUCUUUAAGACUCUACAUCAAAGAAGUUAGUCCAGAUAAAGAACCUAUGUAUUUGAGGGUUGAAGAAGAUGAGAAAUCGAGCAUCUGCAGAUCAAAUAUAGUAAAAAAGGAUGGGGAACUGAAUAAAGGGCCAAUCUGCCCUGAGAACUGGUUUGUCCAAUUCGCAAGGCUAUUCAAGAACCAUGUUGGAGUUGAUUGUGACUCGUAUCUGGAUCUUCACGAGACAGGAAUGAAAUUAUAUUCAGAAGCUAUGGAGGACACUGUUACAAAUGAAGAAGCAGAAGAGCUUUUUGACAUUGCUUCAGCUCAGUUCCAAGAGAUGGCAGCUUUGUCUUUGUUUAACUGGGGAAAUGUACACAUGUCUAGAGCAAGAAAAGAAGUAUUUUUCACAGAAGAGGGUUCUGGAGAGACGGUGUCGGAACAGGUUAAAUCUGCAUAUGAAUGGGCAGAAAAAGAAUAUGAAACUGCAGAAAUGAGGUAUGAAGAAGCUCUUAGAGUCAAGCCUGAUUUCUAUGAAAGCCUUCUUGCACUAGGUCAGCAGCAGUUUGAACAAGCAAAACUCUCAUGGUACUAUUUGAUUGGGAGUAAAGUUGAAUUAGAGACAGGGACAUGUGCAGAGAUCUUGGAGCUAUAUAAUAAGGCUGAGGAUAGCAUCGAUAGAGGGAUGGAAAUGUGGGAAGAGAUGGAAGAACAACAUCUAAAUGGACUCUCAAAAUAUGAGGAAUAUAAAUCUCAAUUGUACAAAAGGGGAUUGGAGGGUAUACUUAAAGAUAAAUCAUCUGAAGAAACUAAAGAGCAGACUGAAAACAUGAGGUCUCAGAUUUACCUGUUAUGGGGAACCAUGCUCUACGAGCGUUCCGUGGUGGAAUUUAAGAUAGGAUUACCAACCUGGGAAGAAUGUCUAGAUGUUGCAGUAGAAAAGUUUGAACUAGCUGGAGCAUCACAUUCUGAUAUUGCAGUCAUGAUAAAGAACCACUGUUCCAAUGAAACUGCUCUCGAAGGGUUCAAAGUUGAUGAGAUUGUUCAGGCAUGGAGUGAGAUGUAUGAUACAAACAGGUGGCAGACUGGGGUGCCAACUUUCAGGCUAGAACCAUUGUUCCGCCGUCGGGUUUCAAGCCUUCAUUCUAUACUGGAAAAUAUUUGAAUUGCAAAGCUAUGAUACCUUAAAACAAAGACUAUUGGUAUCGACUCAACAACUUUAUGCAGUGAUAUACUUCCCAAGUCAAUAUAUUCUUUCUUGUGACUUAUUGUCUUCAUGUUCUGUUAUAUUUGCCUUUGCUGAUACAUCGCCGAGUUCCAUCUUUUCGAGAGAUUUAUUUGUUCUACAUGUGAAGGUUUCUGUGCCAUCAUUGGCUUUUACAGUUUUUUGUUAUUUUUUGUUAGAGACCCAUGCAAAUUAGUUGCAUUCAAUUUUCUCAAAGCUAAUAAACUGUAACAUUGAAUUUGUAAGUCUGUUGUAUAUAAAAAAUUGCACUUUCGGUUUUCGUUUUCA